AUGGACACGAACAUGGAGGACGUGAAGAUCCCAGAGCCGCAGGAAGGAAUCUCCUCGACCUUCUCAGAGCCUGCGACCAUCCCCACGCUCGACGGCUGGAUUGAGAGCUUGAUGAAGUGCAAGCAGCUGGCGGAGAACGAUGUGCGGAGGCUGUGUGAGAAGGCCCGGGAGGUUUUGCAAGAAGAGUCCAAUGUGCAGCCUGUGAAAUGUCCCGUUACUGUCUGCGGAGACAUCCACGGGCAGUUCCAUGACCUGAUGGAGCUCUUCAAGAUUGGGGGUCCCAAUCCCGACACCAACUACCUCUUUAUGGGUGACUAUGUCGACCGAGGCUACUUCUCCGUCGAGACCGUCACCCUGCUUGUCGCCCUCAAGAUUCGUUACCCCCAGCGCAUCACCAUCCUCCGCGGCAACCACGAAUCGCGUCAGAUCACCCAGGUCUACGGUUUCUAUGACGAGUGCCUGCGCAAGUACGGCAACGCGAACGUCUGGAAAUACUUCACGGACCUCUUCGACUAUCUUCCCCUCACAGCCCUCAUCGACAACCAGAUCUUCUGCCUGCACGGCGGACUUUCUCCCUCCAUCGACACGCUCGACAACAUCCGCGCUCUGGACAGGAUACAGGAGGUACCGCAUGAGGGUCCGAUGUGCGACCUGCUCUGGUCGGACCCAGAUGACAGGUGCGGAUGGGGGAUAAGCCCGAGAGGGGCGGGGUACACGUUUGGGCAGGACAUCUCGGAGGCCUUCAACCACAACAACGGGUUGACACUGGUUGCAAGAGCGCAUCAGCUGGUGAUGGAGGGGUACAACUGGAGUCAGGACAGAAACGUUGUCACGAUCUUUUCUGCGCCCAAUUACUGCUACCGCUGCGGCAACCAGGCCGCAAUUAUGGAGAUAGACGAGCAUUUGAAGUAUACCUUCCUGCAAUUCGACCCUUGUCCGCGUGCAGGAGAGCCCAUGGUCUCGCGCAGGACACCUGACUAUUUCCUCUAG